CCCAUUAACAGCUCCUAAAAAGAAAGUGUUUAAGCUGGAAAAGCUUUUGAGCAAUGUUGAAAAACUCAUUGUUGUUACUUCCUCGUUUUUCUUUAACUUGUCCAUCCCACAGAUUAGCAAUGUGCUAGGAAGAUAAAAGAGGAAAAGUACAUAAGUUAUGGUAGACUAACAAUUCAACAACAACCACAACAUAUAUGCCCAGAAAGUGGAGUCUGGGGAGGGUUGAGUGUUGAUCAGUCAAGAACUCUCAUAUUCAAAAUCUGGAAGUGACAGAGAUGAGGAUGUUGCGAUGGAUGUGUGGGUAUACUAGGAUAUAUAGGAUUAAAAAUGAGGAUAUCCAAUGAUAAGGUGACAAGAUGCGGGAAGCGAGUUUGAGAUGGUUCGGGCAUGUGAUGAGGAGAUGAUAAAUUGCUUCUACUAAUAGGGAUGAAGUGCUCAUUUUAUUUGCUGAGGAGGAAAAUGAAAAAAAUUAGAAAAGGAAAGCAAUAAUCAUAUACAACAACAACGUACCUAUUGUAAUCCCACAAGUGAGGUUUGGGGAGCGUGAUGCCGGAUGCGUAUGCAAACCUUACACCUACCUUGUGAAGGUAGAAAGCCUGUUUCUGAUACACUCUCAACUCAAAACAGUUUGUUUCACCAAAAUGAGCACAACACCUGGACCUUUGUCUCCUAAAUUUGUUCCUGCUCAAAAGAGUGAAAUUACUUCAGUAAGUAAAUCAGAAGGUUUUAAGUUCAGUCUUGUAUCAUAUAACAUUUUGGCUCAGGCAUAUGUAAAGAGUGCUCUGUUUCCACACUCCCCAGGGCCUUGUCUCAAGUGGAAAGCUCGUUCACAGGCAAUCCUGACAGUUCUCAAGAGCCUCGGGACUGAUUUCCUUUGCUUACAGGAAUUGGAUGAAUAUGACAGCUUCUAUAAAAGAAAUAUAGAGAAUGUUGGCUAUUCAAGUAUCUACGUCCAAAGAAGUGGGCAGAAGCGUGAUGGAUGCGGGAUCUUUUAUAAACUGAAUAGUGCAGAGUUGCUCAUUGAAGAGAAGAUAGACUACAAUGAUCUUGUACCCUCAACUCAAGAUGAUACUGCUUCUGAGGAUAAAGAGGAGAGUUUAUUACCUGAUGGUGGAAAUAAAAAACUUGCGUCAAAAGAUGUCAGUUUGAAAAACAGUCGAGCAGAUCGUGGAGACAUAAAUGAUCCUUGUGUUAGAUUAAAACGUGACUCUGUUGGAAUUAUGGCUGCCUUCAGGUUGAAGGAUCCCUGUCAUCUUAUCAUCGUCGCCAACACUCACAUUUACUGGGAUCCAGAAUUGGCCGAUGUCAAACUUGCCCAAGCUAGAUACUUGCUUUCACGCUUAGCUCAAUUCAAGUUACUAGUAUCUGAUAAAUUUGAUUGCUCGCCUUCUGUGGUUGUUGCCGGUGAUUUCAACUCCGUUCCUGGGGAUCAGGUAUAUCAGUACCUCAUUUCAGGUUCCUCAGUAGUAGGAAAUCUGCCAGAGAGCUCAGAUGAUGUAUCCAUUCCAUUGUGCAGUGUAUAUGCAAGCACUAGAGGUGAACCACAGUUUACAAACUGCACUCCUGGAUUUACUGGAACUCUAGAUUACAUACUAUUUUCUGCUUCUGGGGAUAUCAAACCAGUCAGCUACCUCGAACUUCCGGAGCCCGAAGCGUCAGAUGUACAAGGUGGUCUACCAAAUUACUAUCAUCCUAGUGAUCAUCUCCCAAUCGGUGCUGAAUUUGAAAUAGUUAAAUAGGUUUACUGGUACCAUCAUCAUUGACUGUUUUUUUUUAUCUACAUUAUUGGUUCAUGGAUUGUCUGGUCACCUUUUCUUCCAAUCAAGAUGGAGGUGGUUAAAGAGGUAUUUGUAGCUGCAAUUGUUUUGUAAUUUUAAGCCUUUAUGAACGGACCACGUCAACUAUUUUCGUUAGUGCGUGGAGAAAUAAAUUUUGGUUUCAUUAAAAUGAGUGGAAAGUACAUUUUAAUUAGUUUAUC